GUCCCAUUAUCUGUGGCAAAUUUGGUCCAGAUCCAUCGUUGUUUGGCUUAACAGUGCUCUCUGGAUGUAGGUCAAGUACAACUCUUGCAAAUCAUGAUGAAUUCUCCCCAAACCUCUUGUUCUGUUGCUGAUCAAUUCCUCUGUUAACUGUGUGCCAUAGGAAAUGGUAGGAAAGGGUUAAGUGUGAGAGAGUGGGCGGGGUCAUGCAAAUUAAGGAACCCUGGGAUGUCCAUUCUGGAGGAAAAACAACAUCUAGGACGAAAUUGUCCCCGCAUGAAAGCCUUCACUUGGGUGGAGGGCAGAAUGGUGUUUGUGGAGGACACUGGCAGGGUUUGGGCUACAUGUUCAUGGCGCUCACUAUAACCUGCAUGUCAGUAGAGGGAGGGACAUUAGUGUCUCCUGCUCUGUGCAAACUAUAGCUGUUUGUGAAGGUGGGAAGUUGUCUAUAUAAGUGGAUGCCUCCUCCACAUACACACAUAAACAUUUCACUUUUAUUAUGUGUAUAGAUAGAUGUGUAUAGAAGACAGAUUACUAUUAUAUAUUGUAAUAUAUAUAUAAAUAAAUGGGGUGCUUCCCAAUGCUUCCACUUCUUCAUUCUGGGAAGAAGUGACAAGUGGAGUGCCAUAUCAGGCACGGGCAAACUUAAGUGGCUGAGGGGAAAAAGGAAGGGACCUGCGGCCAGGAAUUGUGGGAAUUGAAGUCCAAAACACCUGGAGAGUCAAAGUUUGCCCAUUCCUGACUUAGAUGAAGGGCUAGAAGGCAUGAUCAUCAAGUUUGCAGACGAUACCAAAUUGGGAGAGCCAAUACUCCAGAAGACAGGAGCAGAUCUGAAAACGAUCUUAACAGAUUAGAGAGAUGAUUGUCUGAAACUAACAAAUUGAACCUCUACAGGGACAAAUGCAAGAGACUCCACUUAGGCAGAAAAAAAUGAAAUGCAAAGAUACAGAAUGGGGGACGAUGCCUGGCUCGGCAGCAGGACGUGUGAAAAAGAGUCCUCACGGACAACAAGUUAAACAUGAGUCAACAAUGUGAUGCAGCAGCUAACAAAGUCAAUGGGAUUUUGGCCGGCAUCAAUAGGAGUCUAGUGUCUACAUCCAGGGAAGUCAUGCUACCCUUCUAUUCUGCCUUGGUCAGACCACAACUGGAAUCACGUUGUGUCCAAUUCUGGGCACAGAAGAGAGAUGUUGACUGGAAGGUGUCCAGAGGAAGACGACUCAAAGGAUCAAGGGUCUGGAGAACGAGAGCUAUGAGGAGCGACUUAAAGAACCAAGCAUGUUUAGCCUGCAGAAGAGAAGGCUGGGAGGAGACACGAUGAGGGCCAUGGAUCAAGAUGUGAGGAGAAGUCAUAGGGAGGAAGGAUACAGCGCCCAUCACAAUGUCUGCCAGUUUGAAGAGGAUCACUGCAUUUGCACGAGUCAAGCCAACAUCUGACUUUCCACAAGAUGUGCUCAAGUUUCGGGCAGACAAUAAGACUAUAGACGUCUUCGUUGAGAGAGAUGUCUCGAAAGGCGUUGUCAACAACAAGCAGACAAACUGGUCUUUUAAAUUAGAUGGUGUCCUCCACAACGCCUCUCAGGAUAUGGUUUAUAAUGUGUUGGCCACAGGUCUGGUCAGUCAAGCCCUGAAUGGAUAUAAUGGUACUAUAAUGUGUUACGGGCAAACAGGGGCUGGUAAGACUUACACCAUGACAGGAAUGACAGAAAGCUAUCUCAAUCGAGGGAUCAUCCCCCGAGCCAUACAGCAGGUCUUCAAGUCAGUGGAGGAACACGGGAGCCAGUUCAUCACCGUACGGAUUUCUUACAUGGAGAUCUACAACGAGACCAUCUUUGACCUUCUCUCCAUGAUGCCCUUGGGAGCAGCCAUGGAUGUGCCUCUGUCUGUCGUAGAGAGCCCCUAUGGGGUCUCCGUGAAGGGCUUGACUAUACAUCCUGCCCCAACUGAAGAAGUGGCUUUAAAUCUCUUGUUUGAGGGCAACCUCAACCGGUCUGUUGGCCAACACGCUCUGAACACGCGUUCUUCUAGGUCCCACUGCAUCUUCACCAUUUACAUUGAGUGUCAUUCCAGAAUCCUUUCCGAUGCCCGGUAUGUCACCUCCAAAAUCAACCUGGUUGACCUAGCAGGCUCGGAGAGGCUGGCAAAGAGCAAAUCCGAGGGCCAGGGAUUGAAGGAGGCCACUUACAUCAACAAGUCCCUCUCCUUCCUCGAACAAGUGAUCCUUGCCUUGUCUGAUCGCAACCGAGAACAUAUCCCCUUCCGCCAGAGCAAGCUCACCUACACUUUGAAGGACUCUUUAGGUGGGAAUUGCAAUACGGUCCUAGUGGCUAACAUCUGCAGCGAGGCUAUUCACAUUAUAGAGACGCUCUCCACCCUUCGGUUUGCUAGCAGAAUGAAAUGGGUGAUGACGGAGCCAAUUGUCAAUGAAAAGUUUGACGCAGAGAGAAUGGUGAAAAAUCUGGAAAAAGAUGUCCUUUACCUGAAGGAGGAGCUGGCGAUGCACAACAGCUUGCUCAACCGGCCCCCAGUGUCCUAUGAGCCCCUGAAUGAGAUCCAGAUUGGAGAGAUCCAUUCUCAGGUCCGCCGGUACCUUGAAGGGACCAUCGAUGAAUUAGAUAUUGUGAGCAUCCGACAGAUCCACGAAGUGUUCAACCAGUUCAAAACAAUUUUGAGCCAACAAGAGCAGGAGGUGGAGUCCAAACUGCGGAGCAAAUACACCCUGAUAGACAAGAACGACUUUGCAACCCUCACUGCUGUGCAAAAGGCCGGGCUGGUUGAUGCCGAGGGCCACCUGGUCGGGGAAGUCGAUGGCCAAGGCUUUGGGAUCGGAGUGGCCCCGUUCUCCUCCAAACCCGGAGGGAAGAAGUCCAAGGCGAAGAAGGGCAAAGACCUCAGCAGCCCCACGUCGAAGAAGGAGGGCCCGGUGAGCCCCCAGUCUGGGAAGGAGGUGGAGCCCGUCUCUCCGUCCCGCAGCCAAGUGACCACCUCUGGCAAGGAGCCCGAGGUCAAGGAGACGCGGGAGCUGGACACCAUCAGCGUGGACACCCAUCGUUCCGACUCCGCGGCCAAAGAGGAAGCCUCCACCAGGCCCAGCUCCCCGCCCGCCAGGCCGGCUGCCUUUGAGGACUUCAAGAACGAACGGGGCAGCGAGAUCAACCGGAUCUUCAAGGAGAACAAGGGCAUCCUGAAUGACCGCAAGAAGAAGCUGAGCGAAGUGGCCCACCGGCUGAACCUGCUCAAGCAGGAGAUGGACACCGCCCGGCAGGCCCUGGAGGCCCAGAAGCUGGAGCGCGAGCAGCAGGGAGAAUACCUCAACGAUGAGGGGCAAAUCAUCAUCGACGAGGAGGAGUUCCUGCUGAUCAUGAAGCUGAAGGACCUGAGGAAGCAGUACCGGGCCGACUACAGCGAGUUGCGAGACCUGCGCUCCGAAGUCCAGUACUGCCAGCACUUGGUGGACCAGUGCCGCAACAGGUUGCUCACAGAAUUCGACAUCUGGUACAACGAGUCCUUCCUCAUCCCGGAAGAGGUCCAGGAGGUGCUGCGGCCCGGAGGAGCCAUCCGGCUUGGCAUGAUUCCCAUCAACAGGGUCCUGACCCUGGAUGAAGACGACCAGGAGAGGUUUGACCGGAUGCAGCAGGAAGUGCUGCCUUUCUGCCCGGAUUCCGUCUCCUUCUAUAACGCCAAGGCCAAGGUGGACCGCAAGCACAAAUACUCCCGAGCCAUGACUUCCCUGGAGCAAAUGAGGAAGAAGCCCGGAUCGGUCCAAGCGGCCGUCAAGAACAAGCCCCCGUCUGUCCUUAAUGUCAUCUAGACGCAAGGAUUUGUUCGCCUCUCGCGUUUCUCACUCAAGCAGAAUUCUGCCAAGAGACCCUCUGGAGACGGAACCAAAAGAAGUCCACUUUCAGCAUAAUAAAAAAACUCCGGUGUUUCUUAAAUAUUAUUCUGAACAAUAUGGUCUGAAACCUUAUUUCAAGACCUGCUGCUCACGGAAAUGUGCACUUUGGUUAGGAAGACUAAACAAAGGAUUACUAAAAAGUGGAAACAAAGACUUUGCACACCUGAAUUUGGCUUCAAAUAAUAUUUAAUAAACAGAGGAAAUGGU